GAAAGAGUUGCUCGUCAUUUCAAAAAAAGAAAAGAAAAAAAAAGGAAAGAGUAGCUCGUCUCAAAGAGAGAGAGAGAGAGAGAGAGAGAGGAAAGAGUAGCUCGACCAAACAUCCCAAUCCAUGGCGACGGCGUGUUCUCUCCUUCACCGGUGUCUGCUCCCGCUCCACCUGGCCCUCCUCGCUUUCCUGCUUGCGGCGGCCCCUACAGCCGAAGCGUGGACGGGGGAGAUCCGCGGCCGCGUCGUCUGCGACGUCUGCGCCGACUCUGCCAUCGGGCCCGAGGACCACGCCCUCGAAGGCGCUGAGGUUGCUGUUCUGUGCAUUACGAAAUCUGGUGAGGUCAUCAACUACCAGGCAUUCACAAACUACGAGGGCAUCUACAGUGUUGCGGAGACGAUGCCGGAGAGCGACCGGUGGGACUCGUGCCUGGCGAGGCCCAUCAGCAGCUUCCACCAGCAUUGCACGAGGAGGGGCGAUGCACACUCUGGGGUCAAGUUCACAUACAACAAACACUCAGGGAACUCGCACAGCGUUAAGGCAUUCCUGUACAAGCCUGCCAAUAUUCCGCUGUACUGUAGCUGAAAUCCGUAGGAUGGGUUCAUGCCCGGGCCUGAUAUAUAGGUAAACAUGGUGUAAGAUCUGAAAGGGAAGCUGUUGGUCGGUCCCUAUGCUUGUAACGGUCAUUACUGAUGUCAGUCGUUUGAAGGGAUCUGAUGUCGAAUGCCUAAUUGUUGUAAAUCAUUAUAUGUUUUUGACCCAUAUAAAUAGGCGUUUAAACAAA